UUCAUGCUUAUAUUGUAAAUUUUGUAACAAAAUAAGAGGAAAUAAGAAAAAAGUACUUCGACCUCUCGAACUAAUUUCUCUUUAUGUCGAUAUCGCUCGGAAAUGUUAAUAGAUUUAUUCGAUUUAUUGAUUAAUUUUUUGUAUUAAAGAGAAUCUUGCAUGUGUAAAGGCAAAAUACACGGAAAUUAUUGGUAUUGGAUAUAAUUUCGUCAUUAUUCUCAAAAAAGUAAUAUCUUUUGGACUUUUUAACAAUUAUUGAAACAAAAAAAUUAAAUAAAAAUAAGCUUUGAUUAGAUGCCAUCAAGAAAGAAGUACACAAAAUAACUGACGUGAAAUGACAACAAUAUUCUGUAAUUUUGGAAAUUUAACAUCAAAUUCUGCCGCAAAAUUUGUUAAGUAACACCAGAAGAAGAAGACUGAACAAGAAAAGUUAUUGAAGAAUCAGAUUAUGCACGAUCGAACAACCGUCCAUAGCUACUCUCGGCAAAAGUACAAGAUACUCGCCGGAAAACACAGUAAUAAAAUUAAUUCGAUUCAAACUGAAACAUACAAUACGAUCAACCAAGAUCCAAAGAAUAUCCCAUCUCUUACAAAUAAUAUUGCUAAUGAUCAAUCAAUUAAAUGUUUACCAUCUCAAAUAAAUAUAUUUCCCAAAAUGCGUUCGUCGAAUAAAUCAAAAAGUGAAAAGCAGAAAAAUAAAAAUACAAAAGACAAAGGUUCCAAUCCUGCUAAACUGACGCGCGCAAGUGGUGCAAAAGAAAUGAAGGAUAUUUCGACGGAAUAUAUCGCCGAGAUGAACGCUAAUGCUUGUCUAGAAAAAAAUGUCAAACAGUGUAAAACUGAAAGAAUUUCAUCCAUCAAUGAUGCGGCAAUGAUUUGCAAGAUCUGUAAUAAAAAGUUUCCUUCACGGAAAAGCUACUGGGCUCAUGUACGCACGCACAAGGGAGAAAAAUCGUACACGUGUCAUAUCUGCGGUAAGCAAUUUAUCCAGGGCGGUAGUUUGUAUUAUCAUCUGAAGCACGUGCACGACGGCGUAAAGAAUCACGCUUGCGACAUAUGCGGCCGCAGUUUUGCUAUGAAGACCGCCAUGGAGGACCAUCGGCGUAUUCAUACCGGUGAACGCCCGUAUGUGUGUCACACCUGUGGCAAGACAUUCAAGACUAAAGCGUCCCUUUAUAUACACAGCAAGACUCAUACAGAUGAGUUCCCGCAUAAGUGCAUCUAUUGCGCCAAGAGAUUUCGCUGGAGACAGCAGAUGCUGGGUCACUUGACGGUGCACACGGGUGAAAAAAAUCACACGUGCGACGUAUGCGGCAAGGGUUUCGGCGUGAAAAACGACUUGACUAGACAUAAGCGUAUCCACUCCGAGGAAAAGCCGUAUACGUGUCAGCAAUGCGGCAUCAGCUUCGGCCAGAAACGUUAUCUCAAAAGUCACGAACGCUUAAGAUUAGGAAUGUGCGGGUACUCGCAAGAACAAAAUCAAAUCGAAUCCGAUUGAUCUUGUCACGUUGGAAUUGAAUUUGAAUAAUUCCGUAUAAUUUAAAUAUUUUUGAUAUCGAGAAUACAAAAAUUAUUUUCCUAUGAAUUAUUUCAAAUAAUCACAUAUCCCAUAUCUUAAGAUAUGGACAUAUAUAUUUAUGUAUAUAUACACGUGUAUCAUAUAUAUACAUAUAUAUAUACAUUGUGUAUGUAUCUCAUUAAUAACGUUCACAAUGUGUAUAUAUAUA